UCCGUCAGAAGGUGAGGUCGCUGCUCGUCGCCGCUCGAAGUCACAUGUACCUCGGGCCACAGUGAGCGUGUCGGCCGAUAGGUUCGCUGGAGUGAAACUUUUUUGUCCCUAUAGCACCAGACUGUCAGUGGUGCUCCCGCCCAGCCCAACAUCGCACUGUGAACGCUCUCCUCUACAAUCCCUGUGUCAACACUGCCAGAUGAAGCUGAGGCAGAGUCGUGUCACGGAACUCUGGGGAACUUGACCUCGAUGGACUGGCGUGUGGGCUGUGCUGGUGGUGGUGGCGGCGGCGGGGCUCAGCUGCUGCUGCUGCUUUUGCAAGUUAUCGUGGCCUGGGUCGAUACCACGGCAGGCGCCGUGAUGGUGCAGGAAAGGCUGAAGGUGGCGGUGACGAAGGUGACAGGUGAUGGAGCAGUGCUGAGCUGGGAGACCACGGUGGGGCAGCAACACGCUCUCACCUGCUCGCUGCACUACGGCCCACAGACGGAGGCUAUGCUGGUGAAGACUGAGGUGCGCACGUCAGCGAAGAACAUCAAACUGGCCCACCUCAGCCCCCACACCACCUACCACGCCUCCCUCAAUUGUAGCCAAGCCGCCGCCACCUACAAAAGUAACACCGUCCACUUCACGCCCCACGGGGACCCAGCCGUGGCCCUGGAGGUGCGCCCCCCGCCCUCGCCGCCCCCACCAAGAGCAGUGGCGGACACCUCGUCGUGGUCGUCUAGAGGAGGCAAGGACGGGGAGUCGGCGGGAGAUGGAGGGAUAGUAGUCAUGAUGAGCCAACGACACAUGAACGCCCCUCGGAGAGACCCUCACAGCGCCGUGCCCUCCACCAGCGUCAUACUGGGUGCUGUGUGUGGCGUGGUGGGCUUCCUCAUCAUCAACGUGACAGUGGUAAUGGCGGUGCGGCAGUACUCACACAGACGCGCCCGGAGACGACGCCUUCUAGAGCUGCAACUGGAGCAGCAUGGCGGAUAUCUCUACAACUUCGAGCAACUGAUGGCAGACUACAAUCAGCAGAUCAACGCGAGUAACUCUUAGAGGGAGGAGAAGCUUGGAGUUGUGUUGCUGUGGUGAUGGGCGCGGUGGUCACUCCUGAAUGCGACCUGUGAUGUGUUGAUAUGUUAGCGUGCGUCUGAAUGAAUGAAAGUGAUGGUGGUAAAGGGUAUAGUGUACAUAUUAUAGUGUCUGAGGGAAAAGAAUUUGAGGGAACUAUUGUGGAUGACGUGUGUUUUAGGUGUGUUGCGCCGAAAUGUGGACACUUUCUUGUGCGGUUCGUUCGUGGUUUUGAUAGCUUGGAUUGUGGAUUGAGCAAGAAAGAAAGGAUUUGGUUUGGUGGUGGAAUGUUUUGUAUAUAGGUUUCGUGUGUGUAUGUGUGUGUGUGUGUGUGUGUGUGUGUGUGUGUGUGUGUGUGUGUGUGGGGCCAAGUGGAAAAAAGUACUCAGAAAAGAAUUUAAUAUGGAAGUGUUUGUAUGCCGCGUACAUACCUACGUAGAUAAAAGAAAAUGGGAUGUAAAGGACGAGCAUUCUCUCUCUCUCUCUCUCUCUCUCUCUCUCUCUCUCUCUCUCUCUCUCUCUCUCUCUCUCUCUCUCUCUCUCUCUCUCUCUUUUCCUAUCUUUUCCCUUGGACGCGUGAGGGCGGCGCCACAUGUGCCAACACGUCGCCUCGUCCAUAGAGAUGGUCUCAGUGCGUGAUGGAAACUUUGCCCGAGACCCUUGAAAAGUUUGGUUUGAAAGUGUUUUUGAAGCAGAUGAGAAAUCACGGCGUUCUUGAGAAAAGUUAGAGUGCAGUGUCAGAUUGACGUCCUUGUUUUGAUCUCUGACUAUGUGCGAUUAUCCUGAUGGACGUCAAUUUUUUUUUUUAUGAAAAAACAUUUACGUCAAUACCCGCCUUCUCUUAAAACAUGGAGGACGGUUAUAAAGUUUUUUUUUUCUUAUCUCUCUUUGUCUAUCAAUGCGAACACCAGUUAGCUUUCUGCGAGUGUACUGCAGCAGAGGCGAGGCUGAGGGACUGAAAGGCUGCCUGAUUCACUCUCGCUGGAUCGUGAUGGCAAGACAGAGACGGAGAAGAAACGAAGACGUUUUGGAGGAUGACACUGGGAGGAAGAGUGCGUGGAUGGCGCUGCAGGCUACUAGACAAUGGCCGGGAGACGCUGGAAAUGGAAGGAAAGGAAAGAAAAGGAGGAAAUGGAGAGUCUUUUGUGUCUGUGGAGUGAAGGAGCUCAGGAGGGCAACAUUCUUGUGCCAAAGAAAACAAGAACAAGAAUACGCACAGAAACCCAACCUUCCGCCAACAUAAGGAAGAAAAGAAAUAUUACCUGAAACCAUUAUUAUUUACCGCCAUGGCAAUUCCAGAACGAACGAAACAUUGCAAAGUGCGACGAAACUCUGUGAAAAGCCAACACUAAUCAACGGGGAAAAUAUAUGUGCGGUGAAUAAAAGAAAGAAAAAAAGAACAUGUAUAUAAAAAAGAAAAGGAAAGGAGAGAAAAAAUUGAAAUAAUGUUCUUGUGCCAUCCUCCCUCCCCGCCUGGCUCCGUCUGGAAGGGGAUGGAGAAAAGAGGCAGAAAGGAAUAGAGGAGGUGGAGGAGGAGGAGAGGAAGGCAAGACUUUUAUGUCGGGUGGGUGAAGGUUUUGAUUGAAUUUUGCCUCCCAGACUUGUGAAGUUUAACCAGAACCGAGAUUGAAUUCCCGGAAGAGGUUGGCGGCAUGGCUGGUUGUGUACUCUGCCAGGCAAGGUCACGUGACGGGUUUGUUGUUAUUGUCUACACACGGCGAGCCAAAAGUAACGCAUGUAUGUUUUCUUGACAAGCUGCCGUUUUCUGUCGCGUCGCUUGUGAAGAAAACGGAUGAUGGAGCGGUGAUACGUGUAGAGAAUAAGCAAGAAAGACGGUGAACUCAGGAAAUUUAUCAUUAGCACUAUAUAUAUAUAUAUGUAUGUAUGUAUGUAUACCGCGAUGGAAAACGAAUGGAAGACAGAUAAACUUGUCAUUGGUGAUUCGAGAUUUGAGUUUUCUUCAUUAAUUAUUCAGGCGGCAGGCAGCGAGUCACUCAGCUGAUCCGGCAUGAAAACUGGACCAGGAAAAAAAAAUCGGUUGUUUCGUCUGAAGAGGACGAAAUGAGAUUGCCAAGGACAUCGGGGACAGAACUGUGUUCGGGGAGAGAGAGAGAGAGAGAGAGAGAGAGAGAGAGAGAGAGAGAGAGAGAGAGAGAGAGAGAGAUCCUAAGUAUUUUCCCGCUGACUGAGAGAGUAGGUGACCAUAAAGGAGAAUAUCUCAUUUCAGAGUUUGUACAUACUCCAUAUUAAAGAAAAGACAAAUAUUUAUAAAGGAGAUAAGUAGCGGGACCCAAAUAUUUACUCUGGUCCUUCAAGUGAUAUUCGUUCUCGGCACCACAUCACCUUCAAGAGAAUUUUUAGCGGGAGAGAAAGAAAUUAGUGUGUGGAAGCAGAGAACGCCGCGCCCACCCGGAGGAACACAUCUGCUGUACAUUGUGUCUUAUUAGAGUUGCGCAGGGUUGGGCCAGGACUGCGUGUUAUCCCCUUCGCCCUCGCCCUUUGUUGUCGAUCAGGGUGAAGGUCUGUUGCGAGGCCACGGCGUAGGAGGAAGGCGGCGACGGCAUGCCAGGGGUGAGGGUCUUUGCUGCUCUCUGUUUGGGGAUCCCUGGCGCUCUCGUCCCUUCCUCUUGCUCCUCUUUCUCGCAUUUCAUAACGUUUUUUUUUUUCUUUUUCUCUCUCUUUCUCACUUUUCCUCCUUAGCUCUACCAGUUUUUCCGAGACCCUCGCCUCGCCACAGCGCUGAAAUAUUUUUGUGAGUCUCUGGAGAGUGUCUAGUAGGCCCUCUUGCCUCAGUCUUUAAAUGCAUCCUUUGUGAGGUUCAUUUGGAAGAGAGAGAGAGAGAGAGAGAGAGAGAGAGAGAGAGAGAGAGAUACUUAUAUCCAAUAUAAAUGUAGUAUGGAGGGACUUUUCAAGAGCAUUUUUAAAACUUUGAGGCACAGACGGCGCCGCAGCGUUGUACCAACACGCAGUCAUUCCUCUCUCUCUGUAACGACGCUACUGCCGUGAGGCGAGUGACUGAGUGGUGCCGUCUUGCCAGAGCUUAGAGGAGAUUUGUGCCGGAGCGUUUAUACCAUGGUGGAAGGUAUUUACUCCCGAAGUAACCUGAGCGUUGUCUAGUGCAGGCAAGCUAUACAUAGAUGUAAAAAGAAUUUAUCUGUAUAUACUGUAGUGUAAGGAUGAGAAGUAAUGCUUUCUAGAUACAGAAGAGAAACGAGAUGAAUAAGUCACUAAAUGUGUAUCGAUUUAUAUGUACUUUGGUUGUGUUUUGGUAGUUUUAAAAUUUGUAUGAGAAGCGUGGAGAUCAUUAUGAUACCUCAGAAGCGUGUCAGUAGUGAAUACCCUUUUUAUCAGCAGAGGGUCGGCAGAGGGAGCGGGGCGUAGCAUCGUGUGUGUGUGUGUGUGUGUGUGUGUGUGUGUGUGUGUGUGUGUGUGUGUCUGGGUGUAUGUGUGUGUGUGUGUGUGUGUGUGUGUGUGUGUGUGUGUGUGUGUGUGUGUGUGUGUUUUGAUGUCCCCAUCGCGAUGCUGCCGUCCCGCAGUUCCCGCCACCCUGCCCACCCACACGGUAGAGUACAACCCGUCUCGUCCACAGGUGAACAGAAACAGGAACACAGUGCUCGCGUCCCUUCUUCACGCGUGGCGACUUGAGGUCUUUUUGUAAAGUCCCCGUGUUGAAGGGGCGGCCUGGGCACGCUGGUGAAUAUGCAUAUAUCUAUAUUUAUAUAUUUUAUAGAAAUUUGAAGUUUUCGGUAAAUAUCUCCUUAUAGAUGGAACGUUAAAAUUAGAAGUAAGGUUUGUAGAGUUUUCCCGUGAGUGGUGACAGGAUGAGGCAGCAGAACGCUCCGGGGACAUGGGGGAGGAAGUCUCGAGGGGGGACUGCCCCAUAUUCCUGGUCACCUUAUUCGCCCUUAUCCCCCACUCACUGGACACACCCGACCACACACACACACACACACACACACACACACACACACACACACACACACACACACACACACACACACACACACACACACACACACACACAGCACAGGCAGCACACACAGGACACACACAUACACAACACAUAGAACCCAAGUUCGCACGAUCGAUAACAAUUAUUGUAUUCUGUGUAUUUUCCCAAACUCAUCUCACUAACGCGUUUUCCAAAUGGCCUGUUGUUUCGAGCCUAUUGUACUUCCCAGUUUUCUUAGAACAUGAACCCGUUUUUAACACACGCUCAAAGCAACACACAGCGGAGUGCUGCAGUAGUAGGUGGCAGAUGUGUGUGUGUGUGUGUGUGUGUGUGUGUGUGUGUGUGUGUGUGUGUGUGUGUGUGUGUGUGUGUGUGUGUGUGUGUGUGUGUGUGUGUGUGUGUGCCUGCCUGCGUGCGUGUUGGGAAAAAUUAGCGAUAGAAGGGUGACAUCUGAUGGUCAAAUUUUCGUUUAUAUUUUCUAUUAUUGUUUUUUGAUGAGAUGAAAAUCCAUGCCGCUUCUUCUUAACGUAAGUGACUCUGUCUUCUCGUUGGUAGAUGAAAAUUGAUGCCAGAUUCUAAGGUAGUUAAUCUCGCAACCAAAACGAUCCGCCUCUCCAGUCUGCCGAGGCGCGUGGCGGAGAGUCAGUCCGGUGCCUCAAGGCGCGGCGAAUAUCGUUGCAAAACGGCGAAAUUGGAUUUCGUUUCACAUGAUUGGCUGACUUCCCUCGUCGUGAUUUUUGCAGGCAAGUUAUGGAGGCUAAUAGGCUGUUACAACGGCCUGGGGACUGGGGCAUGGGGUACAGGAGAUGCGAGGCGGUUGGGGAUUGAAGGGGGGGAGAGAAAGGAAGGUGAAGGGACUGGAGUGAGGAGACAGACAUGGGGUUUCUGGAUUGGACGGGAAGGUGACGGGGACGCUGAGGGAGACGCAGGGAAUGGAGGUCACACAAAUAUUUCACCGAUUUGCAAGUUUAACAUUUAUUUGAUUGGAAUUUUACUAUAUUCUAUGAGUCCGGGCACACAUCUUUAACUAUUCAUUCGCCAUGUUCGUUCACUCGUUUUGUUACUGCGUAUAAUAAAAUCCCCGAUACAUUAGCAAAGCAGACGAGUUAUUGGAAUUUUCCAUCACCCUGAUUUGCGUUGAGGACUCACAGAAAGGGAACUCUAAGAAAAUUUUUUUAUUUUUCCUUUCAAUCUUACAUUCCACCCCUUAAAAUAUUCGCUUCCUGAUAACUGCACGGUGCCCUGAGGCGCGGCUACAGUGUCCUGCCCCUGUGGCCUUGAUGCUGCGUCUCUCGUAUGCUGAAGUUGAAACAGCAAAUGGAAAAACACAGAAAAUAUGAUGCGAACUUGGGUACUUUCACCAGGUACCGGCGUUGACUGAGCGGCGAGGAGGACCAGUGACAACAUCUGAUGAUGUGACCCAUUAAUGGAGCACUCCCAAGCGUCACUACUUCUCCCACCCGCCACUCACCCAUACACACACACACACACACACACACACACACACACACACACACACACACACACACACACACACACACACACACACACACACACACACACACACACACAUUAGUUCUCUAAAUGAUAAGGUGUCAUGACAACCUUACUGGCGUGCAAAGUUACCUUAAAAAGAAUAAAUCAAGAAUCUUUUGUCGAUUUUCACAGUUUAUAUGGACUGCCGGAUGGUGUUUUGUACGUCUAUCAAGGGCCACGUCGCCCCUUUGAUUGUAGGUGUUGUGAACUAUCUCCCGGUCACCUGUUGAGCCGACCGAGCAAAUGCUGCCCGAGUUUCAGGUUAGCAGAAGGCCUAGAAUGGCGUGCCUUGACUCCUGACAGAGGCAGGAAGAGAAGUGUACAUAGCCUUCUCUCUGUGUACACGAGUGUGUGUGAGAGAGAGAGAGAGAGAGAGAGAGAGAGAGAGAGAGAGAGAGAGAGAGAGAGAGAGAGAGAGAGAGAGAGAGAAUUUUAUUACAAAAUGUAGUUCGUAGUUUAGAUAUAUAUUUUUAGGUUAUAUAUUUAAUCAUGUUGACAGCACCUUUACAGUGUGUGUGUGUGUGUGUGUGUGUGUGUGUGUGUGUGUGUGUGUGUGUGUGUGUGUGUGUGUCUGUCUGUCUGUCUGUCUGUGUGUGUGUGUGUGUGUAUAUAUAUACGGACGCAGGCGUGUACGUACACAUGCAAUAUUUUCACUCAUGCAUGCGUGCAUACAUAUGCGCAUGCCCAAGGUUUGUGUGUGUACAACACACAGAGAGAGAGAGAGAGAGAGAGAGAGAGAGAGAGAGAGAGAGAGAGAGAGAGAGAGAGAGAGAGAGAGAGAGAGAGAGAGCAGUCAUUCUAUUUUUGUUCCCUAGUGUGAAGCUGUUUCAAAAAGAGCUUACAGAUUACCGAUACAAGACAAAAUAACUCUAAUGUUGACCGACAAGGAGGGACAACCUAGAGCCUGCACCGCGAGGAGGCAACACGAGGUGCGGUCAGGUGUUGGUGGUGCAGUGAGACAAGCCAUCUAGCACCGCACCGCCUCGCCGCCCAGCCCGCGUCAGCUGUUCACGACGAGACAACUCCAUCGCGCAGCUUUCAUGGCCACGGCGGGAACUGUUGCCUCUCCUUUUUUCCUCGAUUUUUGCAAAGUACUCUAUCUUGUAUAUUUCCCGGCUUCUUAUGUACUGUAGAACACACGUAGUUUAUAGAGCUGUCUAGACUUUGUAGAGAUUGACGUAGCAGCAAUGUACUAUUUUGGAGGGAACAGACGAGGGAUCGGCGUCUGGAACUAAUAAAAGUGAAUCAGAAUACAGUUUCCAUGGUGGGUCAAUCAUAGAGAAGGUACUCAAAUCAAACUAAUAUUUUGUAAUAAUUGUAAGCUGAGUAAAGUAGAAUAAAGUCUAACAUCUA